AUGGAAUCAAAUAUCGACGCAGCAACGUUUACUUAUCUUUCAUCUGACGAAGCUAGUGCGCUCAUGGAUGAAGAUUUUUCUAUUUACUUUUCCGAAUCACCCUCGCAAACAACUUCUACAGCUGCAUAUACAGCCGAUAACGGACAACCUCUACCAUCAUUAUCAACACCACGAACAACAACACCGGCAGAAGAACUGCCAUUCGAUCAUUGCGCUAGUCUAGAAAUUAACAGCAUGACAUUAGGACAAGAUGAAAUAGCUGCUGAGACCGCACGGAUUCGUCGCAAGUGGGUAGAAGAAAAAGACACACUCAUGGCUCGACUUGUUGCUGAUAUAACUAAGCCUAAGAUUGGUAGUAUUUAUCAAUGGGAAACAUUAGUCAAUAGUGAUGAUGUCGUUCUAGACGACUAUUUGCCUGAAAACAUACCAAACGUUUUUCAACGCAACAGAAAGGUAAUUGAGUCGUUUGCUGAUUGGACUGUUGCAUUUAUGUCUUUCCGAAAGGCAGUUCUUUAUAUAUUCAAGCAUCGAGGUCCUGAACUUGACGCACAUUUCGAGCACAUCUCUAAGCUCUACAGAGAUUCGUAUUCAAUCAAACUUAUAUUGGCCUACGAAAAAGAUAUUCGCCAUCAUGUGACCGAAAUGCCUAAUCUAAACUUAUUUUCUGACUUUUCCUCUCUGUGGAACAAACAUUUCGUGAGUAUUCAACCGACAAUCACUGUUAACAAGACACAAGAACAGAAACAAAUCUGUCGCAAAUACAAUAGCCAUUUCAAGCGAUGUAGGACACUGAAAAAGUGUUCACGACUUCAUAUUUGUUCCAUUUGUUUUAAUUCAAGGAACGUUCAAAUGAAACAUUCUGCUGCGUUCUGUCCUACUCGACAGAGUAAUGAGCGGCAAAAACAUCCGUGAAGAUUACCACUCACAUAUAAUAUGCUAUCAAUAACAUCUGAGAGACAUCUUUCAUCACACUACCCUUAUUAACACAUGGGAAUAAACAAUACAAAUAUACUAUUUUUAUUUUAAAGCUAUUCUAAAAGUCUUGUGGGUGUGGGUAUGAGUGUUGAUUUUAUUAUACCUUUUAUCUCACAUU